GGGAAGGGAGAGGGGGCAGAGGAGUCGCCUGUGGGAUUUCUUGCCAUGAGACUUUUGCAAUCUCAAGCAAGCUUUUGCUAGGGAGUAAGACCGGUUAAACUCCGGGGAUUUACUCCUGAGUAAAUGUGGCCAGCUGCCCCUAGCCCCGGAUGCGGGGCUAAAUGGAAACUUUGAGGAUGGUUUGGAAACGGUCUAGGAAGGACGGGUUCCCUCCACCAAUGCUGUUGCUUUGAUCGUCUGAGAGACAUCUGAACCUGUUAUUAAAAUUCUUAUUUGGGUGACUGGAGCCAGUGAACUUUUCUACCUGAGUGGGGAUUUGAAUGUAUCUCUUCUUCUUUCUCCCACUGCCCAGAGUUACCAACCAGAGAUGAAAGUUUGGGUGGUGCCAGUUUCCAUCAUGCCCAGCACCAGAUCUCAGUCGCAAAGCCAGAGCACCAUCAACUUCCCAAAGCGGAAAUCCGUCCAGACACCUCGCAAACCUCUAGAAAAUAAGGGUGCUUUGAAGCCGGACCCAAAUACGCCACCCAUCUCACCUCCCUCUUCCCAGGAGCGGGUCUUGCCUCUCAGUCCCCGUAAGCGCCUAGGACAUGACAAUCUCUGCAAUGUUGCCCAGCUAUUGCCUUGUUCUCCAUCUAAGCUGAGUAAGAAAGAGAACAGCUUCCCACCCACCUCCCCCAAGGGACAGCGCCUAUUCUUUGAGCAACCAGACCCCAAAUCUCCAGCCAGGGAUGGAAAUUUGUGCCCAUCUCCCCUCCGUAGGCGCCAGGAGACUCCCAAAGCUUCACAGCUCCUCCAUGCUAGGAAAGAGCUGGCAUGUAGACGUCUCCUUAAGCUAGAAGUCACCUGCUACCAGCAGGCAAAGAGUCUCCUGCACACGGCUGUUCCGGAUCAGCUGCAUGCGAGGGAGAAAGAGACAGAUGUCCUACUUAGAUUCCUCAGGGAACAUGUCUGUGGGGAGAAGUCUGGGAGUCUUUAUAUCUCUGGAGCUCCAGGCACUGGGAAGACUGCCUGCCUCAACAGGGUCCUGUUGGACCUGAAGACUGAGCUUGCUGACAGCCAGACCAUUGUCCUAAACUGUAUGGCCCUGAGGAGCUCCCAGGCUGUCUUCCCAGCAAUUGCUGAACAUUUGGGCCAGGCUGGAGCAGACAAGACAGCCAGGAGUAAUGUCAUCAGAAAGCUGGAGAAGCGGUUGACAGCAGGAGAUAAACCCAUGGUUUUGGUUGUGCUGGAUGAGAUGGAUCAGCUGGACAGCAAGGGACAAGAGGUGCUCUACACGGUGUUCGAGUGGCCCUCCCUCCCCAACUCUCGGCUUGUUCUCAUUGGGGUAGCCAAUGCCCUGGAUCUCACGGAUCGCGUCCUGCCCCGUCUGCAAGCUCUUCCCAAGUGCCGGCCGCAACUGCUACACUUUCCCCCCUACAGCAAAGACCAGCUUGCCUCAAUCCUCCAUGAGCGCCUGAAGCAGGUGUCUGGGGAGCAGGUGCUGGACAAUGCUGCCAUCCAGUUCUGUGCUCGGAAAGUCUCUGCCAUCUCUGGGGAUGCUCGCAAGGCGCUGGACGUCUGCAGGAGGGCCAUUGAAAUUGUAGAGUCAGAUGUGAAGAGCCAAACUCUGCUACAGCCACUAUCUGCCUGCAGAUCCCCUUCCAAAGCAGCCCCAGACUCCACCGUGCACAAGCGGGUGGGGCUGCUCCACAUAUCCCGGGUGAUCUCUGACGUGUAUGGUGACCGGAUGGCAGCUGGUAGCAGCUCUGGCAAUGCUGACUCCUUCCCGUUGCAGCAGAAAAUCUUGGUGUGUUCCCUCCUGCUCCUAGCCAAGCAGCAGAAAGCCAAAGAGGUGACCUUGGGGAAGCUGCAUGAAGCGUACAGCAGAGUUUGCCGGAAGCAGCAAGUGGGAGCUGUUGACCAAUCCGAGUGCCUCUCUCUCUCAGCCCUCUUGGAAGCCAGGGGUGUCCUGGGGCUGAAGAAAGCAAAAGAAACCCGGCUGACCAAGGUAUUUUUGAAGAUAGAAGAGAAGGACAUAGAACAUGCCCUCAAGGAUGGAGUCUUGGUUGGGAACAUCUUGGCUGGGGGGCUUUAGGAUUUUUCUGCAACUCUCUCCUUAUACAGAAUGGGUUCCCAGCGGGGGUAUCACUCCUUGCCAGGGGCGAUAAUCCUAAACCUGGCUGAGCCAAGGCAGUAUAUGUUGACUCAGUAUAUGUCAAGCUUCUUUAAAAAUAUAUUGGUAUCCUGUCAUAAGGAUGCCCAGUUCUCAAGAGGAGUUUCUUAGUUGUACAGUGCCCUGCCCUGCCCACUGAUUGACCUAUCAAGCGUUGGGUGGAAUGGAAUGAAGUAUGUUAAACUCAGGAUCUGGACUUUGGCCCCCCUCCUACAGAUUACUCCUUCCCAGUCUCCUUUUGGAGUUCCAGAGGAUUCCCCCCCACCGCCCGCCCCCAGUUGACAUUCUUUUCUCUGCUGCCCCCCACGUGUACACGCAUUGGCAGCGCCUGUGCCACUUCCAGUCUGCCUUAAACACCAGAGAUGAAAGAGGAUGAAGGGUAUCGGCAAGAGAGGCUGUUCGCAGAAACAAAACCCUUAACGUUGCAGGAGGAAAUAAAGGCAGCCGCUCCUCUCGUGAGUUCCUUUGAAGUCGGACUAUUUCCGCGAAGCAGAUGUCAGUCAUGCUGAGGCUUAGCGUCUCAGAAGCUGCGGCAGGGCUUAGCAAGAGAGAGACACACACCAACCCAAGGACUCUGAGCGCCUUAACGUUUAUGAACUGUGGAUGCAGCCACAGCACUGGGGCUGGUUUAGGCCUGGGGCAAAGAGCUGAUCUGUUUCAUUUCUGAAUUGCUUUUUGCAAAGACUUGGCUGAUUUGCUUUGCUGCCUUUUGUCUGCAUGGAUCUAAGAAUUCUUAUUAAUAGCAUAUAUGCAUACUCAGGGCUGACUUUGGAGCUGGAAUCUACUUUAUGUUGCUCUUACUUUUUUUUUUUUUUUUUAAGCAGAGCAAUCUAGUUAAAAUUUGAAAUGCUGUCUGUGUUUCCAUGGUGCUCCUAUCCUUGAAGUGGCACAACGUGGAGGAAGGAAAUGUUGGGAUAUCUGCCCUCUCCGAUAACCUGAUAACUCUAAUGAAUUGAAAUGUGUAUGUGCAGCCAGAUGUUUUUAGAAGCUGAUGUAUGUAUGUACUCGCAUUGCUUUUUUUAAUUUAUAGAUUAAAAUAGUCUCUUUCUGGUUUA